AUGCGGUUUUCAUAUCUUUUCGUUGUUUCCACUGCUUAUCUUCAAGGGGUGCUGGCAACCACACAGCUGCCACUUGCAGAUGAAACACUCAUGAUUAAUGGAGUCACUUUUGACACUCGAGCGCGCUGGAUGCGUCUCGCCAAUCAAGCAUUGGGAGAACUAAGCGGGUCGCCUUGCCCCUUCGCGGCAUUUGGAACCGUGAUAGUAAACCAUACAGCCUCCGAUGAGGGCGAGCUUAUCUGCAUGGGUGUCAAUGAGAAUGGCAAAACAGGGAACCCAUCAUCGCAUGGAGAAAUUGCUGCAAUUACCAAUUGUACAAACAUCCUAACCGACCCUAAUGGAAAAUUCCGACUCACUGCCACGGAAGCGCAGGCAGCAUUUGCGAGCUUAUCCUUGUAUACAAAUGCUGAAAGCUGCCCUAUGUGCGCUUCUGCAAUUCGAUGGUCUGGAUUCCGCGAGUAUAUCUACGGCACGUCAAUUGCGAGACUUAUUGAGAAAGGCUGGGGCCAGAUUCGCGUUGCAUCGGUUGAUAUUUUUGAAGCCUCUUUUGAUCUACCAUAUCCAUCUCGACUGAUGGCCAAUGUUCUUACUAAUGAAACAGAUCCCUAUUUCUUGUGGCAGUAUGAUCCAUCUUAUCUUUGCCCCCCGGGGUGCUCGCGAACCAAGAGUGGGAAAAGCUGUGAGGCAGUCUCGGAUUAA